UAUUCAGUCGUAAAAUUGUCAUAAAUAUCGGAUCUCCUUUGAAAGACAGUGGUUAGAAUAGUUCAGAAACAUUCACCGCGAUGGAAGUCCCAGCAGCACCGAAGACUGAUCUUUUGAAACGCAUCUUUAUUCGCAAUGAUUCGGAAAAUGGACUAUAUCGUCGAUCGAUACGUAAUGGACUGUGGAUCAUUGCAAUUUUAGCAUUUAUUGUUUGCCUUGCUUGUGUCCUCAUGAACUGUGUCAUAAUUACGAAAUUUCUCAACGCAAGUUCUCUCCCUGUUGGAAUGAAGAUAAGUACACCAGGGAAAUACACGGAAAUUGUACAUUUUGUGGACACCCUGAGUGAUAACUUGACCGAUGUUUGCUUUGAACCGGAAUGCAUUAAAGCAGCAUCUUCGAUUUUAAUGAAAAUGGAUCAUGGCACGAAACCCUGUGACGACUUCUACAAAUUUGCUUGUGGCAGUUUUUUGAAUUCAACGAUUAUUCCCGAUGACAAAGACAGCAUAACGUCUUUUACUGCUCUUCGUGAUCAGGUAGCCCAGCAAUUGAGAUGGAUCAUUGAGGAACAGGAGCAAAAAAAUGUAUCAAACUCGGUGAAACUGGUCAAGAACUUAUACAAUUCGUGUAUGGAUAAGGGUAUGAUCGAAGCUCGAGGUUUAGAACCCUUGAAAAAUACACUAAAAACACUUGGUGGGUGGCCGGUCAUAGAUGGUCCAAGAUGGGAUGAGUCGGCCUUUGACUGGGUGAAAGCAAUCGAACCAUUCCGUAAAGUCGGACAUUCUACGAAUUUGAUAAAUUUGAAAAUCAUUACUGAUCCAAAAAAUGCAACUCGACACGUUAUUGCGCUGGAUCAACCAAGUCUCGGACUUUCUCGAAAGCAUUUGAUUCAAGGAUUACAGGGAAAGGCUGUCAACGAUUAUUACAAUUACAUGGUUGACAUUGCUACAAUUUUAGGAGCUUCGAAACGACGGGCAAUGAACGAACUUCGAGAGUCUUUACUAUUUGAAAUUGAACUUGCACGAAUAAACGUGCCGAAAGAAAAUCUGCGUGAUGCAUCGAAGCUUUACAACCCAAUGAAUUUAGUCACUUUGGAGCAGAACUAUCCUCGUCUUCGAUGGCGAGAAUAUUUGGAAAAUAGUUUAUCAGAAAAAGUUCACGUCAAUGAUGAGGAAUUAAUUGUGUUAGCGGUGCCACAGUACAUAGCCCAUUUUGAUAAACUUAUCGCUGUUACGUCGAAAAGGACACAAGCCAAUUACAUGAUGUGGCGGGUAGUGAAAGCUUUAAUCGUCUUCCUCAACGAUCGAAUAAGCAAAAGACAUCUCUUUUACACGAAAUCUCUUAACGGCAGGAGCAAACCUAUGCCGAGAUGGAAAGAAUGUGUUAAAAUUGUCUCACAAACUUUACCAGUCAAUGUUGGAGCUUUGUAUGUUAAAAAAUAUUUUAACGAAGCAGCCAAGAAGAAUGUUGUUGACAUGGUCAUGAAUAUAAAACAAGAAUUCGAGAAGACUCUUGAAAAGGCAGAAUGGUUAGAUGAGAAAACGAGACGAAAUGCUUUAGAAAAGUCAGAUGCAAUGACGCAUCACGUUGCUUAUCCGAAUGAAAUUCUGGACGAUAAAAAAAUAAUAGAUGAAAUGAAAGACCUCGAACUCUCACAGAAUCAUUAUUUUGAGAAUAUAUUAAAACUGAAGAGCUUUAAAAUUGAGCGAGCUCACGUGAAAUUGCGGAAACUUGUAGACCCAAAUGAUUGGAUGAGACACGGCCGAGCCGCCGUCGUAAACGCAUUUUAUUCGCCGGACGAGAACAGCAUUCAAUUACCCGCUGCUAUUCUUCAAGGCGCAUUCUUUAAUCACGAUCGACCGAAAUACAUGAAUUAUGGUGGAAUCGGUUUUAUUAUUGGUCACGAGAUAACUCAUGGCUUUGAUGAUCGCGGAAGACAAUUCGAUAAGAACGGAAAUUUGUUCGAUUGGUGGGAAGGUUCUGCAAAAGAUAAAUAUCUCAAACUUACCAGAUGUAUUAUCGAUCAGUACGCCAAUUACACUGCCGAACAAGUUGGGCUACACGUGAACGGCGUUCUCACUCAAGGUGAAAAUAUUGCGGACAAUGGGGGUGCAAAAUUAUCUUAUCACGCUUAUCAGAAUUGGAUUGCACUAAAUGGGCCCGAAAAGAAACUUCCAGGACUUCCGUACACACCAAGACAAAUGUUUUGGAUAAGCAUGGCUAGCGCGUGGUGCUCGAAAUACAAGAAUGAACAGCUUGCGCUACGUAUCAAUGAGGAUUAUCAUAGUCCUGCCGAGUAUCGAAUCCUUGGAACUCUAUCAAACAUACGAGAAUUUUCAGAAGAUUUUCAUUGCUUACUCGGUUCGAGGAUGAAUCCAGUUCAUAAAUGUAUUGUUUGGUAGAUUUUUAUUUGACAACACUGAAUGUUCGAUGCUUUAAAAGUGAAAAUGUUAUUUCCUUCAUAAAUAAAAAUACAUGAUCUACA